GAACUCCCUUAUGGUUGCUCGUCCGCCAGGGUUCCGGUGGUCACCGCGCAUGGUUCUCGUGGCCCCAUAACUGGAAGCUUCCGACCUUCUUCACACAGUUGACUGCGUGUGGCAACCAGUGAAAAUCUCUCCUUCAAAGUUUUCGAGCAGCGAGAUUAAACCCUAAGGUUCUGGUACUGAGUAGACGACCAUGGCGGUGACCAUGGCGGUGACCAUACCGGUGAGCACGAACAUGUGGGAUGGAGUGAUGGAAAUGAUAAAAUCUGCUCAAAAUAAAGGUGUUGAUCCUUUGAUGUGGGCGGUUGAGCUCUCGUCUACGCUCUUGUCGGCAGGUGUAUCCAUGCCGUCGACUGAGGUUGCUGAAUUAUUGGUUUCUCAUAUUUGUUGGUCGAAUAACGUGCCAAUUGCUUGGAAAUUUCUCGAGAAAGCACUCUCCAUUAGAAUUGUCCCGCCAAUGCUCGUUCUCGCGCUUCUCUCGAACAGAGUAAUCCCAAGUAGAAGAAGCUACCCUGCUGCAUACAGGCUUUAUUUGGAGCUCCUUAAAAGGCACAUUUUUCCUUUGGCUUCUGAAGUUAAUGGUUCAAACUAUCACAAGAUUAUGGAAUCUAUAGAUCAAGCUCUUAACCUCCACCAGAUAUUUGGUUUUCAGUCCAGCGAACCUGGGAUUCUCUUGGUUGAAUUUAUAUUUUCAGUAGUGUGGGAGUUACUUGAUGCCUCACUGGAUGAUGAAAACUUGCUGGAACUUGUGCCUGAAAAGAAGUCUAUAUGGCCGAUCAAAUCACAGGACAUGGAAAUCAAUGAUCAUAAUAAUUUUGGAGAACAGAAAAUUGACUUUCACCAAGGACUGUACAAAUCAAAUACCACAAUGUCCAUUGAGAUCAUUGGAGAACUUUUCCGUAAUAAAGUAACUUCCAGAAUUCUGCAUUUGGCACGUCGGAAUAUGCCUGUGCAUUGGGGAUCUUUCAUUCAGCAUUUGAGGCUGCUUGUAGCAAACUCAACGGCUUUGAGGAAUUCAAAAGAUAUUACCCCUGAGGCUCUUUUGCAGUUAACAUCUGAUAGCCGUGUACUACUGUCCAGGGAAUGCAAAACAAUAUCUCUGCAACAAUUCCAUGCAGUAAUGGCUUGUGGAUCACUUAUAUCAUCUGCAGGACAAAGUCAUGGUGCUAGUCGUUCGGCUACUUGGCUUCCAAUUGAUUUAUUCCUUGAAGACACUAUGGAUGGAUAUGUAGUGGCUACUACCAGUGCAGCUGAAACUCUUACUGGUCUGCUGAAAGCUCAUCAGGCAAUUACUCAGGCCUCCUGGCAGGACGCUCUUCUUGGCUUAUGGAUUGCAGCUCUGCGGCUUGUUCAAAGGGAAGACGAAGCUGUUGAGGGUCCAGUACCUCGCCUUGAUACAUGUUUAUGCCUACUAUUAUGUACGACAACUCUUGCAGUUGCUAAUAUUAUUGAAGAAGAGGAGAAUGCUUUGCUUGAGGAAGAUGAUCAUAAACGUGUGCAUCAAGGGAGUGAAGCACAGGUUCUUGGAAACUGUCGCAAGAGCCUAGUUUCUAGUCUACAACAAUUGGGUGAUUACGAAGGCUUACUGACCCCACCACUAUCAGUGACUUCUAUAGCAAAUCAAGCAGCUGCAAAAGCUAUCAUGUUUUUCUCGGGUAUAUCAGUUGGAAGUGGUUACCUUGAUGGUGUGAGCUUAAAUGACAUGCCAGUCACUUGUGCCGGAAACAUGAGACAUCUGAUUGUUGAGGCCUGUAUUGCGAGGAAUCUCUUAGACACAUCAGCAUAUUUAUGGCCUGGCUAUGUCAAGGGGCAUAGCAAUCAAAUACCUCGCACCAUUUCCGGCCAGAUGCCUGGCUGGUCAUCAUUGAUGAAGGGGUCUUCUCUGACUCCUUCAAUGAUGCAUACUUUGGUUUCAACUCCAGCUUCAAGCUUAGCAGAGAUUGAGAAAAUAUACGGAAUUGCAACCACUGGUUCAGACGAGGAGAAAAUUUCUGCUGCAACUGUCCUAUGUGGGGCAUCGUUAACUCGUGGUUGGAAUAUACAGGAACAUACUGGAUAUUUUAUUAUUAAGCUGUUGGCACCGCCAGUUCCUGUGGAUUAUUCUGGGAGCGAGAGCCAUUUGAUAGUUUAUGCUCCCCUUCUAAAUGUUCUUCUUGUAGGGAUAUCAUCUAUUGAUUGUGUUCAGAUUUUUUCCUUACAUGGCUUGGCACCACAUCUUGCUGGUGUAUUGAUGCCCAUCUGUGAGGUCUUUGGAUCAUGUUCUCCCACAGUGUCUUGUACUCUCUCAACCGGGGAACGUCUAUGCCCCCUUGCUGUAUUCUCAAAUGCAUUUACUCUUCUGCUGAAGCUAUGGAGGUUUCAUCAACCAGCACUUGAACAUGUGUUGGGAGAUGUGACUCCUGUGGGAUCCCAACUAACUCCCGAAUUCCUCUUGCUGGCACGCAAUUCACAGUUAGCGUCACGUGGCAAUUCACUUGACCAAAAAACCAGAAGGGGGCAUUUUAGGAGGUGUAAUCUGUCGUCUUCUGAGCCAAUAUUCUUGGAUUCUUUUCCGAAACUGACGUUUUGGUACAGACAACAUCAAGCCUGUAUUGCUUCGACCCUAUCUGAUCUUAAACCUGGAACUUCUGUGUACCAAAUUUUUGAUGCCCUCCUGAACAUGAUGUUCAGAAAAAUGAAUAGAGGUGGUCAAUCGUUGACUCCAACGACGUCUGGAAGUAGCAGUUCUUCUGGACCGAUACCUGAGGACUGCACUCUUCGCCUUAAACUUCCUGCUUGGGAUAUUCUGGAAGCUGUUCCGUUUGUGCUUGAUGCUGCUUUGACGGCAUGUGCCCAUGGAAGAUUGUCUCCCCGUGAACUCACUACAGGGCUUAAAGAUCUCGCCGACUUCCUACCUGCAUCUAUGGCAACUAUUGUAAGUUAUCUUUCAGCAGAAACAACACGAGGUUUGUGGAAGCCUGCAUCUAUGAACGGGACCGAUUGGCCAAGCCCAGCCACAAGUUUGGCCAUGGUGGAGAAAAACAUGAACAAAAUAUUGUCUGCCACCGGAGUUGAUGUUCCGAGCCUUUCUGCAGGAGGAACCACUCAAGCAACCCUUCCUUUACCUCUUGCUGCCCUAGUGAGCCUCACAAUAACCUAUAAAGUCGAUAGAGACUCUGAGUCGGUCCUGAACCUGGCUGCCCCAGCCUUGAAUGCCCUUGGUGCUGGCUGCCCGUGGCCAUGCAUGGCCAUCAUCUCCGCUCUUUGGGUUCAAAAGGCCAAGCGUUGGACCGACUAUCUAGUUUUUUCCGCUUCCCGGACAGUAUUUCAUCAUAACAGUGAUGCCGUAGUGCAGCUUCUUAGAGUUUGUUUCCAAUCAACCGUCGGCUUAGCCUCACCGUUUGCUGUCGCAACCGGUGGUGGAGUCGGUAGUCUUCUAGGUCAUGGUUUCGGGUCCCACUGUUCCGGCGGGAUUGCUCCGGUGGCCCCUGGAAUACUCUAUCUACGGGUUCAUCGUAGUGUUAGAGACGUCAUGUUCAUGACUGAAGAAAUUGUCACUGUGUUGAUGCAUACGGUCAGAGAGAUUGUUUCAACACAUUUACCGAUGGAAAAAAUGAGGAGGGCCAAGAACGGGAUGGCGUUGAGAUACGGUGAGGUUUCUUUGUCUGCAGCCAUGACUCGUAUCAAGCUAGCUGCCUCCCUUGGGGCGUCGAUAGUUUGGAUAACCGGUCGGUUAAAUCUGAUACAAUCUUUGAUCAAGGAAACCUUACCCUCUUGGUUCAUAUCCGGCCACAAAUCCGAUCUGAGUAAAGGUGAAACGGGCGGGAUGGUAGGAAUGCUCAUGGGUUACGCUCUAGCAUACUUUGCCGUGCUUUCUGGCGCGUUUGCUUGGGGCGUAGACGCGGCAUCUUCUGCGUCCAAGAAACGGCCGUUUAUUCUCGGGGCCCACCUGGAGUUCAUGGCACGAGCACUCGAUGGGAAAAUUUCGCUCGGUUGUAAUAAGGCGACUUGGCGGGCAUACGUGUCAGGUUUCGUGAGCUUGAUGGUUUCGUGUGCUCCAAAGUGGGCAAGUGAGGUUGAUGUGGAGGUUUUGAAGAGCCUAAGCAAGGGUUUAAGGAAGUGGGAUGAGGAAGAGCUGGCUUUGGCGCUUCUUGGUAUUUCCGGGGUGAAUGCAAUGGGUGCAGCUGCUGAAAUGAUCAUCGAAUCUUUGGUUUAACACCCUCAGGUAGUGGUUACGUUCAGUUUAGAUCGGGUAAUCAACGAUCCUGGAGCUAGGGCUAGUUUGUGUACAUAUAAAGGGAGCAUGACUUGUUUAACGAGUGGGUUGUAACCAGCUGAAGUGUAUGGUAAGCAAGCAGAUAUCUUCUCGAGUUCUCGGCCUAUGGAAAUAUUUCGGCUACAUUUUUCUCCCGUGGAUGUUUGUGAUCAUUUCGACAAGCCGGUAUAUCGUUUUCUGUUCUCUUGUGCAGUAAAAGAUGCAUCAUCCUGAACAGCACUGUUCUUAAUUUAAAUUUGUUAUAUUUAGAAAGUAAGUUAGAACCCUUUUGGUGGUUGAAUCUAGGGACUCCACCCAUAAAAUUCCUAAUGACUUAUUUAAAUGAAUUCUGUUAGGUGAA